UAGCAACAUAUUGCGACGUUGCAGCCUGCAUCAUCUCAUGUGUCCUUCACCGGCUGGAGCUUUCACUCUGCUCCUCGGCUUGUCUCAUACCCCGGUAUUAGCUUCAAAACAUGGCGGCCCUCAAAGCUUUGUGCAGAGCGCAGAAUUUAUUCUUCAAAAAUCCCUCAGGUCCAUGCAGAACCAAAUUAAACUUCGCUUAUCUCCACUUGAGCAAGACCUGCGGUUGUUACUUUUCUACGUCCAGCCAGAGGAGUUCACAGUUCUACUCGGACCCUACAGAGGCAGUCAAAGACAUCCCAAAUGGAGCUACCAUUCUAGUGGGAGGCUUUGGAUUAUGCGGUAUACCAGAGAAUCUUAUCAACAGUUUACUGAAAACCGGCGUUAAGAGUCUCACUGCAGUCAGCAACAAUGCAGGAGUGGAUAACUUUGGCCUGGGUCUGCUGCUCCAGACUAAGCAGAUCAAGAGGAUGAUCUCUUCAUACGUUGGGGAGAAUGUAGAGUUUGAGCGACAGUAUCUGGCAGGGGAGUUGGAAGUGGAACUGACACCUCAGGGUACUCUGGCAGAGAGAAUCAGGGCUGGGGGCGCUGGGAUUCCAGCCUUCUUCACAGCCACCGGCUAUGGCACACUGAUCCAAGAGGGAGGGUCUCCUAUUAAGUACAACAAAGAUGGCAGCAUUGCCAUCGCCAGUGAGCAGAGAGAGGUGAAAGAGUUCAAUGGCAGACACUACAUCAUGGAAAAGGCCAUCACUGGAGACUUUGCACUGAUCAAGGCAUGGAAAGCUGACAAGGCUGGAAACAUUGUUUUCAGGAAAACAGCCAGAAACUUCAACCAGCCUAUGUGCAAGGCAGCCAAAACCACAAUAGUUGAGGUGGAGGAGGUAGUGGAUGUUGGGACCUUCGCUGCAGAGGACAUCCACAUACCCAGCAUCUACGUCCACAGAGUUGUCCAGGGAGCCGGCUUCGAGAAAAGGAUUGAGAAACGUACAGUAAGGAGAAGCCAAGAAGCAAAGCCCAAACCAAAGAAGGACUCGGAUAUUGUUCGGGAAAGGAUUAUUCGCAGAGCUGCUCUGGAGUUUGAAGAUGGGAUGUACGCCAACCUUGGUAUUGGUAUCCCCAUGCUGGCCAGCAACUUUAUAAAACCAGACAUCACUGUACACCUCCAAAGUGAAAAUGGAAUUUUGGGCCUGGGCCCGUACCCCACAGAGGAUGCCGUGGAUGCAGACCUGAUUAACGCUGGGAAGGAGACUGUCACUGUGCUCCCUGGGGCUGCCUAUUUCUCCAGUGAUGAGUCAUUUGCCAUGAUCCGAGGGGGUCACAUCAACCUGACAAUGUUGGGAGCCAUGCAAGUAUCAAAACAUGGAGACCUAGCCAACUGGAUGAUCCCAGGUAAGAUGGUGAAGGGAAUGGGAGGAGCCAUGGAUUUGGUGGCUAGCGCUGGAACCAAAGUGGUAGUCACCAUGGAGCACUCAGCUAAGGGAGGGAAAAACAAGAUUUUGGACAAAUGCAGCCUUCCUUUGACAGGGAAGCAGUGUGUGGAUCGGAUCAUCACAGAAAAGGCUGUGUUUGAUGUAGAUAAGACGAAAGGCCUGACUCUGAUAGAAGUGUGGGAUGGGCUCACUCCUGAGGAUAUCAAGGCAUGCACUGGCACAGAUUUUGAUGUAUCUCCCAACCUGAAGCCCAUGCAGCAAAUCUAGAGAAGCUUACAAUGAAUCUGAGAAAUGUUUUUGUUUGUAUGUUUUUUUGGGGGGGUUUGUGACAACCUCUCUUUCAUUUCUCUGUGGUAAACAGCUGGUGAUUUAGCAGCCUUCGACUGGUCAGAUAAGCUUACAAAACAAAUGAUUGGUUCAGUUCCCUGGUAAUCAGCAUGCAAAUAUCAGAAGGAUUUGGUCCUCACUAAUAUUAACUGAAUGGGGUUAAUUGGAGUCAACAUCUGAUCUGAUUGGACAAAUGAUUGGGGAACAUUACAUUGUUGCCUUUUGCACCAUUAAGUUAUUCAUUUUUACUAAUGUUUGUGCAUAACUUGAACGUGGAUCAUAUUUACUGUUGAUCAAUAAGUAACUGUAACAGGAUAUAGAGAGCUGAAAUGUAAUGAAUUUAGAGAACAAAUGUGUGCUGUAGGUCAAGUGAUUUGUUGUUCAGCACAGUAUUUUUCAAGUAACAAAUGCCCUUGGAUUAUAGAUGUUUUUCUCCAUUUGGAAAAUGUAGAAGUAAAAAUAAGGGUCUGACUGUAACGUGUUGUUAAUGAUUACCUCUGCCUUUUUUUUCUCUCAGCAUCAUAUAUGUCAGAGUUGGUGGGAAUACCAAACAUUUCAGCCAAAAAACGUGAAGCAUUAACAUUUUUUACUCAGACAUUUGUGGUCCGCUUGCCUUUGUAUAUAAAAUAAAAUACAAUGUUGCUUGCUGAGGGGAA